GUCACAGGAAGAUACUGAGCAAAAGCGGGCCGUGAAGUUUCACUUUUUUUGUUUCCGGUGCUUCGAUUAGCUUUGGUCACGUGCAUGUUUCGACAAAAGUCGGUGAGCUCCUUCUCUCAGAAAUCGUAAAUCAAGUUCGGCAAACAAGGAAUGAAUGCCUGUUUGCUUGGCUGUGGUGUUGUAGUUGCUUUUCGUGCCGUUGUCGGUUUUGUCGAAUGUGUCAUGGUGGAGUGGUUCGCCGAAGACGUGCGACAACACGCACCAACGGUGGCAGAAAGUUUGGCGGAAGCUUUGCCUUGUGAUUGUUUUCAGUUUGCCGAAAAUCAGAACAACGUUAACGCGGGGCGACCUGACGCACCAGAUCUUCGUCGCAGGCAACCGGAGAAUGACAGUGCUCGGGAUUAGACCAGACGAAAGCGAAUAUCAAGCGAACAAGUGGAACAAGAAAAUAAAGCGAAGUAGUAUGUAAGUACUUUAAAAAAAAUAUCACCGUCGCGACCAAGUGGGCAAAUGGUCGACGUAAAGAAUAGCCCCCUUGUCGACCACGUAUUUGGUAACUGGAGCGUGAGAGGACUAGGAAAAAAAGACGCUGUCCGGAAGAAGUGCACUCUACUAGAAGCAGAGAAAAAGGGAGUCAAAGUGUUGUGCUUGACAGAAACGAAAGGGCAGGCCACAGGGGAGGAAGACGUCGGGGAGUGGCGCAUCUUCUACGCAGGGGGAAGGCACGCCGGUGUGGCCAUCGCAGUCCACCACUCCUUGUCGCAUCUGAUCGAAGAUUGGCGUCCAAUCUCGGGGCGGGUGCUAUGGCUGGAUCUCCGCCUGCAGCGGGGACAAGCCUUCAGGACGGUGGUGGCGUACGCACCAACAGCGGACAAGCCGGAAAACGAAACACUGGAAUUCUACGCACAACUACAAAGAGCAACCGCAGCAAGGUCCAAGUUUUUGGUCCUCGGCGAUUUCAACGCGCGACUAAAAACGGGCACCGACUGUACGGGACAGUGGGGGAGGGACGAGAAGUUGAACGCAAGCUCGUCUUUCUUGCUCGCGCAUCUGCGAGAGAACAACUGCUGCAGCUUGGCGUCGUACUUCAGACACAGCUUGAGAGCCUACGCAACCUGGCGGCAUCCAGACAAGCGACUGGGGAGCGCAGGCUUCCACCAGAUCGACCAUGCCAUCGCGCCCCAGUCUUUCCGCAACGCGAUAAAGGACUGCAAGGCGGUUGACGUAGCAGGCUGGCAGACGACGUUCGACCACAGAAUGGUAGUAGUAAAAGUGAGCGCACACAGCCUGCGGUGGUUCGGGCGAAGAAAGAAAAAGCCCCCCGCACCACCACGCAUCCCGCGCGCCAAAGCAGCGACGCCGGAAGAGCGGGAGGCGUACAGCAAAGAGUUCGCGAGGCGGACCGAACAGGGGGAAAGCGUCCAGCAAAGCAUGCGAGCAGCAGGAGAAAAAGUCUUCAGGAGAAAUAAAAAAGAACGCAAGCCCUGGAUUUCCUUGGAGUUUGCUGACCUCUGGGAGGAGCGAAGCCGGCUCCUGGAGAUAGGCGACAAAGAGGAAGCCCGACUGAUUCUGAAGCAGAUGAAGUGGGUGGAAAGACGGGACCUGGAGAAGUACGCAGCAACAGCAUGCGAGGAGGCCGAGGCGUUUUACGCAGAACGGGGCCUGUCGCCAGCGAUAGGGAAAAUCGCUACGAUAGGCGGAAAAAAGCAGCGGCCGCGCGGGCCGAAACUAGCCGAACCACUGCGGCACGGGGAGAGGACGGAAUAUCUGGCGGAGGGCAAGGUAGAACUCCACCGCCAGUUUUUCGAGCAGGUCUUCUCCCACCCAGAACCACUACUACUACCAGAAACAGCACCAAAACAACCAAGAGCAGCAAAAAACGAGCGGAAAAGCAAGCGGAUGAAAAACAUCAGCGAAGAAAUCACCGACGAACUAAUACAGAAGGCGAUCAAGCGGCUACAAUUCGGGAAAGCAGCAGGGGCGGACACCCUAGUCAAAGAGCACUACGAACUUCUUGACGAGGCGGGCAAGAAGUUGGUGAGGGACAAGAUCCGAACCUACUGGGAGCGCAAAGAAUUAGCGCCGGAAGAAAUCGGCUCGCUCAUCACAGUACUGCCAAAACCCGGCAAAGACCACAGCACAACAGCAGGCUGGCGGCCGAUCUCGCUCCUGAACUUCAUGGCAAGAGUGUACGCGUCGCUUUUGUUUUUGAAGAUCGCGGAGCCGAUCGACGCCAUCCUGUCCGAAAACCAGGCCGGUUUCCGCAGCUACAGACGAGCGAUAGACAACACGAUCGCCCUCAAGAUCGCGCUGCAGAACCACAAAAAAGCAGGAAAAGAAUUCCGCGCCACCUUCGUGGAUUUGGCGCAAGCCUUCGACACGGUGCCGCGGAAACUGAUCAGGAGGGCAAUGCAGCACUACGGAAUGCCUGGCCACAUCCAGGAACGUUUCUGGGCAUUGUACAAAGACCACCACUUUUCAGUGCGGCGCGACGGGGAGGAAAGCCAGAAGACGAAAACAAGAACAGGAACAAAGCAGGGCUGCCUUCUAUCGCCAAUAAUUUUCAACCUCUGCAUCAGCUACGUAAUGGAACGAACCGAAAUCGGGGAAGGAGUAGAAUUCAUUUGCGGGGGGCUCCUGAACAAAAACGAAGCCACAAAAUGCACCAAGCUGGGCCAUCUGCUGUACGCGGAUGACCUCGGAACUUUUGCGCAAACAAUAGAAGAACUAGCUACGGCCACCAGAAACCUGUGCAAAAGUUUCGAAGCGUUCGGCUUGCGGGUGAAUUUUGACAAAACCAAGUUCAUGAGCUUCAACGCACCACAACAGAACAAGCAGACGCUGCAGGUAGGCGGCAACGAAAUAAAGCGAGUAAAAGAAUUCACCUACCUCGGUACGAUCAUAGCAGGGGACGCGACAGACAGCAACGACAUCGCCAACCGGAUAGCACUAGCACAAAAGAAGAGCGGGGAGCUGAGCGGAGUCUUCAACAGCCGAGCACUUUCUUCGCAGUUAAAAGCGCGCAUCCUUAAGGCCUUCAUCUACCCGGUGCUGGCUUGGGGGUGCGAAACGUGGCGCCUAACGCAGGCAGACGAGCAGGCCGUCGACACGUGGUGGAGCAAAAAGCUGAGGCACUGCCUGGGGGUGACGAAGUUCGACCACUUAGCCACGAAAGUGAUCCGCCAAAGACUCAACGAGCGCCCCCUCUCCGAACAAAUACGGGAUUGGCGGCUGCGAUAUUUCGGGCACCUCGUUCGAUACCCCGCCGGCCGCUGGGCCCGCCUAAUGCUGUCCGCCACCGUCCAAAAAACGAAACGGGGCCAGGGAGCAGCAAAAACCUGGCUAGCAGAAGUAAAGAUGGACAUGGCAAAAAAGCGCGCGACAGUAGCUGACUGCCUCGACCGAAAUCUUUGGCCGCAGAUCACAAAAGGAGCAGCAACCGGAACAGCAAAACAAAACGGAAACGACAGCACUUCUUCCGCAGCGUCUUUUGAGAGUGAACAAAUCCCAGUCCAGCAACUAAUGAGAUUACAGGGGAGAAAAAGAACAGGGGUCGAUAUAAGGACAGUCUAAGGCUGAACGCCGAGAAGAUUUAAAUCAUCAGUAUGUAAGUACUUUGAAGCUCGCAAGUUGUAGAAAGUGCCGCGUUGUUGCUUUCACGAUGCACGUAAAUAGAGCCUUCAUGAUCGCCAUGGAGUGCGACUGCGAGCCAAAAGCACCAGAGGGCCUCAAUCUCAAUUUGCCCUGCGGGUGUUCUUCUGCGGAAUAAUUGUCGAGCUCGAGUGGCAGUGCAAAAGGUGUG